AUGGCUACCUUUAACAGCUUGAAAGUGAUGGCAGUGCCCGACUUUAUGAGCAGGCCAGCUCCUCCAAAUUAUGUCGCCGGUCUAGGUAGAGGUGCCGCUGGAUUUACUACGCGGUCAGAUAUCGGUCCAGCCAGAGAAGCAGCUCCCGGAGAAGUCCCUCCAGGCGGUGGUCCAAGUGGUUCAGGAGCUCCUUCUGGAAGUGGUAGUGGAGCAGGAGGAAACGAUGAUCGUGACGAUGAUGGACGCUUCCAAGAUCCCGACAAUGAAUCCGGUCUCUUUGCAUCAGCGCCAUAUGAAAUGGAUGAUGAAGAAGCAGAUCGUAUAUACGAAGCGAUCGAUAAGAAAAUGGAUGAACGACGUAGAAGUAGACGUGAAGCUCGUGAACGAGAAGAACAAGAACGAUAUCGUAAAGAGCGACCAAAAAUUCAGCAGCAAUUUGCUGAUUUGAAACGUGGUCUGGCUGUAAUUACAGAUGAUCAGUGGGCAGCGAUACCUGAAGUUGGGGAUUUAGUUAGGAAGCGUGGUAAAAACGCCAAUUUGAAGGUCCAGGAACGAUAUAUGCCUGUUCCUGACUCGGUGUUGCUUGGCGCUGCUGCGUCGAGUGGGUUUAGUAAUGUGAUAAACGCCAGAGACCAGGCUAUGGGCGGAGUCGCAACUCCUGUAGAUGGCACCAAGACUGACUUUGUACAGUUUGGUCAGGCUCGUGAUAAAGUGCUGGGUCUUAAACUAGAUCAGGCAUCUGAUUCGGUGUCUGGACAAACCACGAUUGACCCGAAAGGAUACUUGACGGACUUGAGCUCUGUUCAAGUGAAAUCUGAUGCCGAAAUAUCAGAUAUCAAAAAGGCUAGAACUCUGUUACGAUCUGUUACCACAACCAACCCUAAACAUAGUCCGGGAUGGAUUGCUGCCGCACGAUUAGAAGAAGUCGCUGGUAAAUUAGCCCUAGCUCGAGAAAUCAUGGCAAAGGGAUGUGAAGAAUGUAGCAAGUCAGAAGAUGUAUGGCUGGAGGCUGCUCGUCUUAAUACCACCGAUAAUGCCAAAGUUAUUCUUGCCAAUGCUGUAAGAUCACUGCCUCAAUCUGUAAAGAUAUGGAUGAGAGCUGCAUCAUUGGAAAAUGAAGUUAAAGGAAAGAAACGUGUAUUACGACGAGCAUUAGAGUUUAUUCCCAACUCGGUAUCUCUGUGGAAGGCCACAGUGUCACUGGAAGAAGAUCCAGAAGAUGCUCGUAUUCUGCUCUCUCAAGCCGUCAAAGACGUGCCACUAGCAGUUGAAUUGUGGCUCGCAUUAGCUAAACUAGAAUCGUAUGAUAAUGCCAAAAAGGUACUCAAUCAAGCUCGUAUUCAGAAUCCAACGUCUCACGAGAUUUGGAUCACUGCCGCCAGACUUGAAGAACAUCAGGGCAACACUGCCAAUGUAGAUGCCAUCAUACGUAGUGCUGUAGGUGUCUUGGCUCGAAAAGGAUCGGACAUUGAUCGAGAAACAUGGAUUAAAGAAGCUGAACAAUGUGAAAGGGAUAAUGCUGUCGCUGUAUGUCAGGCCAUCAUCAAACAUACUGUAGACCAGGGUAUUGAGCCUGAAGAUUAUAAAGUAACGUUUGUUGAAGAUGCGGAAUCAUGUACAGCCCACGGAUCCAUUGCCACAGCUCGGGCCAUCUAUGCCAUUGCUGCCCAAAAACUUCCCAAAGAUAACACGAUAUGGCAAAAGGCUGCCUUCUUGGAAAAGGAACACGGCACCGACGAAUCACUCGAAGCUCUUUUGCUGCAAGCUGUUGGAUAUGUACCGAAUGCUGAAGUAUUAUGGCUUAUGGGUGCCAAGCAAAAGUGGCUCUUAGGAGAUGUAGAUGGUGCUCGAACGAUUCUCGAAAGAGCCUUUGUUGCCAAUCCCAACUCUGAACAGAUAUGGCUGGCCGCUGUGAAACUAGAAGCUGAGAAUGGAGAGUAUCGUCGUGCACGAGUCCAACUGGAACGUGCUCGGAAAGAUGCCAAUACCGAGCGUGUAUGGAUAAAAUCUGUAGUAUUUGAACGUCAGCUAGGACAAGCAGAUGCAGCUAUUGCUUUAUUGACUGAUGCCCUUGUAAAGUUUCCUCAUUCGCCAAAACUAUGGAUGAUGAGGGGUCAAGUAGAAGAAGAUGAAAAGGGUAAUUUAGCUGCUGCACGAGAAUUCUACGCCAAGGGACUCAAACAGUGUCCAAAGAGUAUACCGCUAUGGAUAUUAGCAUCUAGACUAGAAGAAAAAGCCGACAUGUUGACAAAAUCACGAGCCAUCUUGGAACGGGGACGUCUAUUAAACCAAGCCAAUCCUGAACUAUGGACCGAGUCAAUAAGAGUAGAACAUAGAGGUGGUAAUGCAGCCAUGGCUAAAGCAUUAACAGCAAAAGCAUUACAAGAAUGUCCAACAUCAGGUUUAUUAUGGUCUGAAGCAAUCAUAUCAGAGCCACGUCCAACCCGUAAAUCAAAAUCCACCGAUGCGCUGAAAAAGUGCGAGAACGAUGCUCUCGUACUAGUGACUAUAGCUAGGUUGUUUUGGAGUGAAAGGAAACUGGAUAAAGCCCGAUCAUGGUUUCAACGAGCUACCAAGAUUGAUCCAGAUUUGGGAGACACGUGGGGUUGGUGGUAUGCAUUUGAAACAGAGUAUGGAAGUGAAGAGCAACGACAUGAUGUUAUAGCCAAAUGUGUUGCUGCUGAACCACAUCAUGGGGAAUUGUGGACUGCUGUUAGCAAGGAUCGGAGGAAUUACAAGCUGAAGGUGGACGAGGUGCUGGCUGUUGUGGCGAAGGGGCUAAAGAAUAGUAUAUUUUGA